AUGAUUUCAUUAUUGAAUAUUAUUCGUUUCGCUCUCCUUUUCUUUUGUAUUCUUCUCGUUCAAGCUACACCAGCGGUUCAAACAACCAGCGAUGCCAAUGAAAACAAAUCCGCAUUGACCAAUGAUCAACUCUACGAAAUCUACAAGAUCAUACGUGAAGAUCCACGAUAUACCGAAGUCUCCAAUCGAGAUAUCAUCACAUUUAUCUACCGAAACUUAGUGCUUGGCAGAGACAUGAACUUAGUCAAGAGCAUAUUCCAAAAACGCCCUCGACAUCGUCAAGCCAACCGUUAUCAAACCGAAUAG